GCAGAUUACGAGAUUGCGCGUGCGAGGUGAGAAGCAGCCACGGUAUCGAGUCACUACGCAUAGGUACACCAUCAACGUCAACGCCCGAUCAUUUGUUGCCUGCCAUCAAAACGCAAGGUCCUGGUCGGGAAUUGCGAGACUGUAUCGCCUAGGAAAUAAAAGAAACAACACAACAUGAAGACCCCAAGCACGCUGCUCUGCUCAUCAAUCCUCCUGUGCCUGGUGAUGCUCAGUCAUAGCGCUCCCAAUUCAAGAAGAUCCCGAGCUGCAGAUGUAGAAGAAGAAAAUACUAGGCAAAGCAAAAUACAAGAAGAUUUCAAGGAAGAGGGGUCCACGGAAAGGCCAACCCCUUCGAACAGAAAAAACAAAGCGCUCAACCUUUUCGGAUAUUUCCCCUCAUUCUUAUCCUCAGGCUUGGACUACUCAGACGAUGACGAUGAUGACGUCACUUUCUCCGUCAAUGACGACCAUUUUGACGACGAUGACUUGUCUAGAACCAUCCCUAACAGACGCAGGCAGCAAAACAAGAAGAAGAACGGCAAUGGAGACGGUUAUCCUAAUGACAAUCUUAACUCUCUCCAGUACGAUAACUCACCUAUUUUCUACAUCAGACUUCCCCCUACGCCGUACAUGUUUGUCCCUGGUCUAGGCUACGUAUCGCAGCCCCCCACUCUUGGCCCGCCAAUGCCUCCCAUGAUCCCUCAAGGAGUAGGCCCUCAGGACCCGUUCAUCAAUCUGCCCCUCGACUUCAUCUCCAACGGCAAGCCCACAGGCGUGUAUCAAUGGAACGGUGGAGCGGGUUACCAGCAAGUACCUCAAAUGCAGCCCGUUGAUCCUUUCGGCUAUGGAGCACAGCCCAUGAUGCCAUCGCAGUCACGUCCCAACUACAACAUGCCUUCUUAUAACAAGCCAAAGCCUAAGCCAGCGCCUUCAAACUCCAAGAUCACGAACCUCAAAGGCCAGUACGUCUUCAAUGGAAAGCCAGGAGACAGUGUGUACGUUCUUAGGGACACAUACAACUCCAUAUACUCCGAUGCCCUUCAAAACUUCUACCCUUAGGCUUCAGGUGGUGACCACCACUGCUGGACACGCUUGACUGGCUCGUAUCGAGCUCAUGUAAUUAGGAUUUGAAACGAACCUUGGAACCAGGAUGUAUCUUGCCGGUUAUGUAUUUAUUACAUUAAUUAUAUUUACUUACAUUUCGUGAUCAAACAGGGAAAGUGUAUUUCACGAAUUCAAUCAUCAAAAGAAAUGAAAGUUCAGAUCGUUCGUUAACUAAAUUGUUUGCGAUGCAUAUUAAUUAUGUUCAUGUAUUUAUUUGAUUUUGAAGUU